GUGAUGCCCUGUGACUUGCCGAAGGUGAGGGCAUGAGGCCUUGAAGAGAGAUCUGGGGAUGCUAUGCGGGGGCAUCCUAAGGGACAGUUGGGGGUUGCUGACACGGACGACACUGGUCGGAGCUGGAGUGAGUCGCGUUGCUCUGCGAGACGCAGGCUGGUCGGAGGUGGCGGGGUGCAGGCUUCUCGCAGGUUGCGAGGCGCUGGCUUCUCGCGAGUGGCGAGGCGCUGGCUAUGUGAGUGCAGCGAGGCGCUGGCUGCUAACGAGGGGCGAGGCGCUGGCAACAAGCAAUCUAAUGACCGGCGGAGGUGGUGGUGGAUGGACUUGUGGAAGGGGAGGCAUGAAACGGCGGAUUUCUCUGUCUCUAGUGGGGAGCAGGACAUAGUAGACCGUGCGAUGGAUACGAAGGAAGCGCGGGUGUCGACGUUGGUGAGGGAGGGAGGCGAGGUAGUCGAGGUAGAGAGUGCAGAGGGUGUGGCGGAUGGCAGCGCAAAAAUCGUCAUAGUCUUCGCACGUGGGGAUUGUGCCCGCGAUCAUGCAAUAGAGCUCUAUAUUAUUAAAUUCCUACCAAUUUACACUAGAGAGAAGGACGUGGAGGGGGAAAGAGGUGACGAGCGAGCGAGUUGUAGCAUGUGGGAAAAUAGUGACCACGAGGCGGGUGGAGUAGAGAUGGUGGAAGAGGGAAGGCGGGAAGGGGUGCCAUCUGUCAAGGAAUGGGGGUUGGCCUAUGAGCUGCUGAAGGGGUGUCGAAGGACCUCCUCCUCCUCCUCCACCGCCGUCUCCUCCUCGCCGUCCUCCUGGUUGUUCUCCGCCCACUCCGCGGCAGCAACAGUGUUCGUUGGCAGAAGGACUGCAAAGCUGAUGUUCCUCCUCAUGACCUUCGUCGUAGUCCUUCGAAGCACAAAUGUCCUCCUCGAUCGGGACCUCUACCGAACGUCAUCCCUCUCAACGAGGACGAAGACAGCAGGAUGCGCAGGCUCGCUCGCAAGAAAAGAGCAAUCUCUCACAGGCUUCGUCGUGUCGAAGUCAAAGAAGGAGAAGGACUCAUCAGCCAUAGCUCACUUCAAGUCGAACAGGAGAACGGCACCUACUCACGGACAUGCUUCUUCACAGCCAGAGGAACAAGAAGCUCACGGAGACGUGGUCAGCUCGGUUUACGACAAGGAGAACGAGAAGGAGAAGGAGAAGGAGAAGGAGAAGGAGGAGGAAGAGGAGGUGGGAGACGAGGAGCAGGAGGAGGUGUCGGCCAUAGCUAGCCUGUGUUCGAGGACGAAGGUUUGGGGAUCUCUAGGCUCUGCUCCUGCACUGCCGAAGAAGAUAGAACGAGCUCCUCUGAACAUCGUUGAUGUAAGAGAGGAGGAGGAGGAGGAGGAGAAGGAGGAGCAAAGGGAGAAGAUUGACACCACAGCACGUUCCAACUCGAAUAGACGACGGUUAGCUUCGCUGGAAGGGAAGUUUGUCUUAGAUCGAAAUCUCUUCACUGCGCCACCAUGGAAUAUCCUAGGGGAUCUUCCCUGCCAUAGGUGCAAGAUCGAGGCUCUCCUCGUCUCUCGCGAUGAGAGAACCAUCUACUUCUCCCAGGUCGAUCGAGCGAACAACGAUACUUGUGUCCUACGACAGGCGGUGUUAGCAGCAGCAGCGCCAUCUGCUUCCCCGGGUUCUUUGCCGGUGUACAAUGUGUCGAGAGACCUUGCAAGAACGACUGAUGACGGUAAGAUCACGGGCCUUGACUUUUUCGAGCCGGUGGGCAACGAUUCCACCACCUCUCCCACAUCUUUACUAGCAGGUGUGAACAACCGCGAUAGCAUGUGGAAGAUUGACAUCGCCACGGGAGAGCAGACGGAUUUCAUAACCGCUGUAACCCCCGCUUUCUAUGGGUUAGUGAGGCAUCCAACGGAGGCCAUAGUCUUUGUAGGCGCGUCAUUGCAGCAGACAAAUAAACGCAUCACCAAGGUAGAGUUGAAGAAAGGACUAGCUGUGGAGUCCGUACUCUCUGCAGACGCUCCAGCUGGCAACCCUGCCUCGGCUGGCAGCAAUAAACCCACACCAUAUUCAGGCCCAUUGAUUAACCACGGUUCCUUGUCCUCCAAUGGUUCAUUCCUAUACAUAGCCGAUGAUAGUAAUAGUAGAAUAGUACGGCUCAACACACUAACGAAUCUAACAGAGACUAUCGCCUUCACAGGCUGGGGCACCAGGUUCGAUCCUCCCUUCGCCCCAGCAAGCACAGUUUUGUCGUUCGAUGGAUGCAAUCUCUUCAUGACUGGCCUUCGGGUAGCAGACUUAAACGAGACGUCAAUCCAAUGGCUGACCUUUGUGGAACCCAAUGGUCAAGUACUGGAAAGGAAAGUAGUGGCCACAUUCAGACCUCCCCCAGCACCCAACGCAGCAGAUGCAAGCGACCCCAACGCUCUUCCCGAUCGCGAAUUGAACGGAUUGACUCGCCUCGCGCUCAGCACAGAUGAGGGACACCUGUACGUGGGCACAGAGAACGGCGAGAUCUUCCUGCUUGAACUCAAUCGGUCUGCGCUCCAUAGGUGUGGUGGUGGAGAGCAAUCCCGCAUCGUCAAUGCUUCUGGCUCCCUUUCCUCUCCUCCUCCUCCUCCUCCUCCUCCUCCUCCCUCUACCACUUUCCCCCCCGCUCCUAUCCCCUCUGGUUCUAUCUCUAACACUUCCGCUUCUGCUCCUCCCACUGGCCCUUCCUCUUCUUCUCCCUCUCCUCCCCCCUCUCUGUCUUCCUCUCCCUCUCCUCCCUCCUCUCUCUCUUCCUCUCCCCCUCCUCUCUCCUCUCUCUCUUCCUCUCCCUCUACCCAAUUUGCUCCCGACUCCCCGCCUGUCCAAUCAGGCCUCCCCGUUGUCCUGGCUGCCGUUCUAGUCGGCGUGCUGAUCAUUGUCAUUAUCGUCGUCGCGACGCUCGUCAGCUGGCGGCGAAAAGCCCUCUGCUUCAGAUCCCCCCCGCCCCCGCGCUCCUCACCCUUGCCGCCGCCGAAGCCUUUGCCACCAAUCAGCGCAGCGCUGCCGGUGUCCCGAUCCCCAUUGCCGGCGGGGUCUCCGCUUUUCAAACCUCCGCUCGAGCAAUUGCCUCCGCCAGGCGAUCUGCAGAUCACAAGCGGCUCCGCGAUCUCGUCGCUCACACCCGUCUCAGACGUGGAAUCGGGAUCCCUAUCGGGGUAUGCGGUCGGGGCCGUCGGGCUAAGCCUUUCGUUCGUGACACGUAAGUUAGACAAUCUUGAUGCCCCUCGCCCGAUCCCGUUCGCAGACCUGAGUAAAGCGACCGACGGAUUCAGCUCACAGUACCGCGUAGCGGGAGCCAGUGGGGGAUUCGGCGACCUUUAUCGUGCCCGCCUUAAAAUAGGGGAUGAGGAGGAAGUUGACGUGGCACUCAAGAUGAUGAGGGGAAAGUUCAGCGAGAUGAAGCGCAAGCAGUUCAUUGCCGAGGUCACGACACUAAGCAGCGCUCGCCACGCCCAUCUUUGCAAACUCCUAGGGUUUUGCCUCGAAGGCAGCAUCGCGAUCCUGGUCUACCCCUUCAUCCCGGGGGGAAGUCUCCACGAUCGUCUGCACCACGACAAGAAUAGUCGGACAAAUGCAUCCCCAAGUUGCUCCGACAGCGAUUCCGAAAGCCAAACGCCACAUCCUCCUCCUCCUCCUCCUCCUCCUUCAACUUCUACCUCUACAUCGAUUUCUACACCUACUACUGCUACUACUGAUACUACUACCUCCUCCUCUCCUUCUCCCCCUGAUCCUCUUGAUUGGAGAUCGAGGGUACUUGUGGCACAUCAGAUUGCCAUUGCGUUGCGAUACCUGCAUGAAGAGUUGGACCCGCCGCUUCUGCACCGGGACGUAAAGAGCAACAAUGUGCUUGUUGAAGGGACGGGAGACCAUGUCCGCGCGUACCUGACCGAUUUCGGCCUAGCCCGGCUAGGAAACCCGCGAUUGAAAGGACAGAAGAGAGGACGGGAUACCGUCCAGACCACGUAUAGAGCCGGGACCAUCGGGUACAUGGCGCCCGAGUACGCCAUUGAAUUGAAAUUGACAGCGAAGAAUGACGUGUAUGCCUUCGGUGUAAUCUUGCUAGAGUUAGUGACCGGAAAGAAGGCGAUCUUCUACGCCAAGGUGGAGGAAGGAGAGUGGGAUAGUGAAGGUCCAACCUUGAGUGAAGAAACCGUUUUGCUAGCACGUUGGUGCAGACGAAGGCUUCAGCGACUCAGACACUGCCAUUACGAGGCCAUUGCAGAUAUGGUGGACGGUCACCUCCUCAGCUGCUUUAAAAUCCAAGGUGUCACGGAAUGGGAUAUGGCGACAUUGUGUGGGCUGUUGAAGCUUGGGUGUGAAUGCACAGAGGAGAAUGCGAGCAGAAGACCGGCGAUUGGAUACGUACUGGAGACAAUUAAAGCACUUGUCGAAGAGAGUUCAUAAAGCAUGUUCACUCUGGGCUGGGAUGGAUUCUGAUAUACGUAUACGACCAUGAUUUAGCCCGCGGAUUCAGAUGGGAAAAUACAAGUGUGUACCCUCCUUAAAUUACAACCAAACAGGCCUUCCACUCCAAAAAGUACCGACGUUCUAAAGGCUGCUUUUUCAAGGGUUGGCGGACAAAUUCACCGAUUCCGCAGACCCACAUACGUUACGCACGGCCGGGAAAAGA